UCGAUUAGUGAGUGGACACAGCGUGAUCGAGCAUGCAGCUUUCAUUGAUCAUUACCAACCUCCUGGCUGACACUCUGGACCAGUCAUGGAUUCGGGAAAGCAGCUAACGGGUACAUUGGCCCUGGCUGUGUUCACAGCAGCUCUGUCAUCCCUGCAGUACGGCUACAGUCUUGGAGUCAUCAAUGCACCCCAGAAGGUCAUUGAAAAGCAUUAUGGGCGGUCACUGGGGGUGUGGUCAGAGAGGGCCGCCGUCCUGUCAGGAAACGACACAGAAGAAGACGAUUUCCCCGAGGCGGGACAACACCCUUCCGUGGUCAUGUAUUGGUCAUUGUCGGUGGCAAUCUUCUCCAUCGGUGGCAUGUUAUCCUCCUUCCUGGUGGGAUUUGUGGGCGACCUGAGAGGGAGGAUAAAGGGCAUAUUAAUGGUCAACAUUCUGGCUGUAGCUGCCGGACUGCUCAUGGGACUCUGCAGAAUGUGGAAACCUCACAUCAUGGUCAUCUCCGGCCGCGCCGUUAUGGGCUUUUACUGUGGGUUGACAUCUGGGCUAGUGCCUAUGUACAUUGGAGAGAUUGCACCCAAGGCUUACAGAGGGGCUCUGGGAACAUUACACCAGCUGGCUAUUGUCAUUGGCAUCCUAAUCAGCCAGGUAAUAGGCUUGGACUUUGUGUUUGGUAAUGAUGAUAUGUGGCCCCUGUUGCUUGGGCUGUCUGGAGCUCCGGCAGUAUUACAAACUUUCCUGCUGCCUCUAUGCCCCGAGAGCCCUCGGUACCUUUACAUUAUACUGGGCAAGGAGCAAGAGGCUAGAAGAAGUUUAUAUCGUCUAAAAGGGGUGUAUGAUGCAACUCCGGAUCUGGAAGAGAUGAGGAGAGAGAAAGAGCAGGCCGACAGGGAGCCCAGGGUCUCUAUCCUUUCCUUGAUCCGCUCCUCCCUGUACAGACAGCAGCUGUUUGUUGCCCUCAUGAUGCACCUCUCCCAACAGUUGUCUGGCAUCAACGCAAUCUUUUAUUACUCUACGGAUAUCUUUACCCGAGCCGGUGUCGCUCAGCCAGUCUUCGCCACUAUAGGAGUCGGAGUCAUCAACACACUCUUCACUCUGGUGUCUGUUGCACUGGUAGACAAGGCUGGCAGGCGCACUCUGACUCUGGUUGGACUGGGAGGGAUGUGCUGCUGUGCAGUUGCCAUGACAGUGGGCCUCAAAUUUCAGAAUGAAUACUCAUGGAUGAGCUACGUCAGCAUGUCAGCCGUCUUCCUCUUCGUGAGUUUUUUUGAAAUUGGUCCUGGUCCCAUCCCAUGGUUCAUAGUUGCUGAACUGUUCAGUCAGGGACCUCGGCCUGCGGCCAUCGCUCUAGCCGGCUGCUGCAAUUGGACCAGCAACUUUAUCAUAGCCAUGACCUUUCCAUAUAUACAGACUUGGUUGGAUUCUUAUGUGUUCAUCCUGUUUGCUGUGCUGCUUUUCGGCUUCACUGUGUUUAUUUAUUUUCGGGUGCCCGAGACCAAAGGGAAAUCCUUUGAGGAGAUUGCUGCUGUCUUCCACAAGGGCCGGAAAAAGGUGGCACAGGGCCCCAAAGAUGGUACUGAACUGCAGCAGCUCAAAACAUCCACAGAUGCUUGAAACAACAGCAGCGUAUUUGUGUGAUCUAUUUGUAUGUGUGUUCAGCUGUCAGUAUUUCAAAUGUCAAGUUUUUAUGUACAUUUAUUCUCGUAGUAUUAUAAUAAUUAUAUAAUGAAUUAAGGUGUUUUUACACGAUGUGAUAUUUUUUUAUCAUAUGAUUAUGGAUGCCACACAAAAACCAGCAGUGACAGUUCUGUUAUAUGGAGUGAAGUUUACAUUUAAUCCAAAUAUAAACUUGCAGUAUUGUGACUUGAUAGUUAAAGUGGCUAUAAUCAAUAUUUUAUUGCAUGCCUGUUUGUGUGUGAAAGGAAUUAUUUGAACCUUCGGAUAUUUUUUACCCAACUGCAGUUCCUCUGAGAUUUAUGGGGUCUUUCAUUGUUGUGGUUUUCAUGUUUUAGUAUUUUGGUUCAAUUCAACUGCUUUCAUAGCUCAAUUUUUGGCCACAGUUGGCAGAGAGAUUUCACAAAAUAAGCUCUAAUAAAGUCACUGUACACUACCUGCCCAGCACAAGACAGAAGUCAGACAAAGUUAGUAUAUAACUAGUGAACAUAGCGGGGCAUUUAGGAGCGGAAGAGCCAAAUGUUCCCCUUUAAAGGAAAGUAGAGACCAAAGGAGCUGAAAGGAGAGUGAAUGUUGGGCGUACAUUCAUCAGUUGACCAAAAUCAAAAACUCCAAAUGAAUGCUAACAUCGCCUAUGUCUUCUGGGUUUGUAAACGGGCAGCUGUUGGCUAUCAAGUUUGUCACUGUUGUGUUUGCAGCUGUUUAAAAAAUAGAAUUUUGCAAUUAUUAGUGUGCCAGGAAAUGAAACAUUAUUUUACAUUAUUUACUCCUCCACAAUUUUCUGUCUUGAGAUAUGAUCAUAAGCCCAACUUCAAUCACAAAUGUAUGUUGCUUAUUGUUACUUCUCUUGAGUGCUUGGCCUUCACUCUGAAUGGUGUAUGUGUGUGUGGGUCUGACACUAAAAGGCUGUUUUCGCAUUACUCUGUCGAAGGGGGGGACAGACUCUCUGUGCUAACCUUAAACAUGCCAAGACAGGCAAGCACGACCAUUACUCUCUGACAUUACAAUGAGCCGACUGUCAACUGUCCAAUAACUUACAGAUAUGUUGUGGAAACUUGAAGCCUCAAGCGCACAUUCACUGACUAUGGAUUUUAAAGUGUAGAAGGAGACAUCUUGUGUCCAGCAAUAAAACCUUUUGAAACAACAAA